GCCGGUUGAGAUUAGCGCGGAUGCACAAAAAGCCAAAAGGACACGGAGAGCAAGGUCGUCUUUGUUCGGUGAAAGGUUUUGGGAUACCUGGACCGAAUUCCUCCAUUAUUUCUUGAAAAUCCUCAAAGAUCGUGCAAUCAUACGAACUACAAAUAUGGUUGUGAUGGAAAGAAACGGGAAUUCGGACUCAAAUCAUCGGACGAAUGGGGCGAGUUCUGGUGGCGGUAGUUCGAACAACAGCAACCAUUCAGAGGAUAGUUCAAGCAGUUCCGAGGAUGAACAUGAGCCAGGCAUGCGAGUUGGUGCAGACUACCAGGCAGAGAUACCUGAGAUAAUAAGUGAUGUUCCAGCUGUUCGUCGGGGUGACAGCAGACAAGAGGCAUUGUUGGUCUGGCUGCCUGAUGGAGAAGUAUCCGACACAAAGUUGGAUGAGUACAUCCUGUUAGCCAAGGAGCGUUAUGGCUACAACACGGAGCAGGCCCUGGGGAUGCUGUUUUGGCACAAACACAACGUGGACAAGUCCCUGGCCGACCUGCCUAACUUUACCCCCUUCCCUGACGAGUGGUCCGUGGAGGACAAGGUGCUGUUUGAGCAGGCCUUCAGCUUCCACGGAAAAAGCUUCCACAGGAUCAGACAAAUGCUGCCGGAUAAGUCUAUCAGCUGCCUUGUGAAAUAUUAUUACCAGUGGAAGAAGACGAGGACUAGUACAAGUCUAAUGGAUAGGCAAGCAAGGAAGCUUGCUGGAGGACACAAAGAGAAUGAGAGUGAGGCCUCAGAGAUGGAAGAGAAACCCGAAGAGAAACGGGACGAGACGUUCGAUCCCGAAAAAGAACCCAAGACUCCACAGGUAGAAGGAGUCGUCAAAAGCAUCUGUUCCAACUGUAAUAGCACUGUCAGCCAGCUGCACACCACGCCAAAGGGUUUACUCUGCAAUGCUUGCUACAGCUUCUGGAGACGGACCGGUGUCAUGCGUACCCACGUGGGCCCUGUCCGCAAUGAGACCACCAGUCAUCGCCAUCACCCCUUCAGGACCAAAAAGAAACCCCCCAAAGGGAUGUACUUGGAUCCCGACGACCUGAUGGCUGUCACCACCAGCCAGGGAGAAGCCAUCUUUAAGGCUCUGGAUGCUGAGAUUAUUAACCUCAAGAGACAGAUCCAACUGAACAAGCAAUUCCUAGGACAGCAGAGGAGCAAGCUGUUUGAUCUGAAUGAAUACCGACAGACAGAGUCUGUUCCACGUAACAAUUCCCGCUGGACCAGUGAAGAACAGCUCAUUGCUGUACAAGCAAUCAGAAAGUAUGGUCGCGACUACCAGGCCAUCGCUGAUGUCGUUGGCAACAAGAAUGCGGCACAGUGCCGCAGCUUCAUGGUGAACUUCCGCCGUCGUUUUGACUUGGACAAGGUGUUGGAGGAGUGGGAGGCAGACAACAGUGCACAGCUCAAGGAGUUCAAGAACAAAGAGGAAGCGGAGCAACAGACAGACAUCGGCCCAUCAGUAGCCACCUCAACCACACAGACAGUGAGUGCUAUGAACAAUGCACCCCCUCCUCUACUCAGACCGGCGGGUCAAUCCCCUGCAAUUAGACCACCCCCACUACAGGCUCAGCAAAGGUUUGUUCCUCCUCGAGUCUCCCUGCUGCAGCCACCGCUGAUUCGGCCCAGUGUCGCCCCUCCUGCUGGUCCUUUAGCACGCAGCAGACCCCCCAUGAUGGGACCGCUCUCGGGACCCCCGCCCCAGCUGGUCGGGAGCCAGGCCGAGCCUACUUCGCAAUAAACCCCAUUUGAGAAAACUGCCAUUGAUCCUCUCUCAAAAGCAAUUACUAGAGUUGUAAUCAAGUCCUCAUCAGUCCAUCGCAAAUGGCUAAUAUGAGUCUUUCUAUAAAUUUAGGGUCCCAAGUGUGAUUUUUUUCCUGUUCCUGUUACCUUGGUACUUUGUACUUUGCCAUCCGAGUAUCAUUAAGGAUGACUUCAAAUGAUUUAUUGGGUAGGUAGUUUGCUAUUCAUAAUCACUCUUGGAGGACGACUGCAUUAAGGAGUGCAUCAGA